CGAGAUUUGCUCAGCCAGAAACGAUGAAAUUUCAGGAUAGAUCCGAACUGAGUCACCCCUGUUUCGCUUUGGCCGCUGAUGAAAACGGUCGCUCGUGGAGAUUUGUAUAAAGAACCAAAUUCACGUGCCAAAUGAAACAGAUGAAUAUAGUAAGCCGCUCGCUCAAAUCCGACACUCCAUCGGAUGGAAACCAUUCUGGGUUUGGAUUGAGACCGACUGAAGGAGCCAAGAUGAGUUGGUGGUGGGCCGGAGCUAUUGGUGCCGCAAAGAAGAGGAUCGAUGAGGAGGUGGCACCCAAGAGCCACCAGAGCGUAGGGCUGAUCCUGGGGGUCACCGGGAUCGUGGGCAACAGCCUGGCCGAGAUCCUCCCCCUCUCCGACACCCCUGGCGGCCCCUGGAAGGUCUACGGCGUCGCCCGCCGCCCCCGCCCCCCGUGGAACGCCGACCACCCCAUCGAGUACAUCCAGUGCGACCUCUCCGACGAGUCCGACGCCCUCGCUAAGCUCUCCCCUCUCGCCGAUGUCACCCACGUCUUCUACGUCACCUGGGCCAACCGCUCGUCGGAGCUCGAGAACUGCCGCGUCAACGGCGCCAUGCUCCGCAACGCCCUCAACGCCCUCCUCCCCAACGCCCCCAACCUCCGCCACGUCUGCCUCCAGACGGGGAACAAGCACUACGUCGGUCCCUUCGAAACCUUCGGCAAGGUUACCCCCCACGAGCAGCCGUUCACGGAGGACCUCCCUCGGCUCGACGUCCCCAACUUCUACUACACUCUCGAGGACAUCCUCUUCGAGGAGACCUCGAAGAAGGACGACCUCUCGUGGUCCGUACACCGCCCGCCGUUCAUCUUCGGCUUCUCCCCCUACAGCCUCAUGAAUCUCGUCGGCUCCCUCUGCGUCUACGCCGCCAUCUGCAAGCACGAGGGCGUUCCGCUCAUGUUCCCGGGGACCAAGGACGCCUGGGAUGGCUUCUCCGUCGCGGGCGACGCCGACCUCAUUGCCGAGCAGCAGAUUUGGGCGGCGGUCGACCCGUACUCCUGGAACGAGGCCUUCAACUGCAGCAACGGCGACGUGUUCAAGUGGAAGCACUUCUGGAAGGUGCUGGCGGAGCAGUUCGGGAUCGAGGAAUACGGGUUCAACGAGAACGGCGAGCGGCUGAGGCUGACGGAGGCGAUGAAGGGGAAGGCGAGGGUGUGGGAGGAGAUCGUGAAGGAGAACCAGCUGCAUGAGACCAAACUGGAGGAGGUCGGACCGUGGUGGUUCGUGGACUUGAUGUUGGAUGGGGCAGGGUUCUUGGACAGCAUGAACAAGAGUAAGGAGCAUGGCUUCCUGGGGUUCAGAAAUUCCAAGAACUCCUUCCUGUGCUGGAUCGAUAAGGUGAAGGGAUACAAGAUCGUACCUUGAAAUUGAAUUGAAAUUCAAAUCCCCCGGUUCUCGCUGCUGAUGAUGAUCAUGAUAUCCAUCGUGUUUGUAUUGUAGUGAAGUGAUUUCCCAGUUUGUUUCUUGUUUUCUGGGUACUCUUUUUGAGGUUGCAUCUGUGGACAGAUGGUUCCAGGACCGAAGUAAGUCCAAUAAUUGAAGCUGAAGCGUACAUUUUCCUGUAAUGACUUUGUUCUCAUGGUGUCGUGUUCUACAGAAACUCUGAGCUAAGGCUUGAUCUCGAACUCGUUCAGACUUUGGAUCCAUGGAGUCCUGCACUAUCCGCUGUGCUCUGAGAGGACUCCCUUUAUAUUUUGUUGCUAAAAGUUGUUCCUUGCUAGGUUAUUCAGUCCAGUUGAAUUUCCUCUUAUUUAGUUAAUAAGGGAGGAAGUUUCUCGAGGAGGUUUUCCUUGCUAGAACUAUCUGGCAUUGGCAAUGUCUCAAUGAUAGAAUUUCUUCUCAGACCCUUAAAACGAAGACUCAUCAAGUGCUAGACAU